GAAACAGCAACUAAGAAGACAUCACAAUCAAUAGUAGUCAAUGAAAUAAAUACAAAUUAUGAUUUUGAUUUCACAGUUAAAAUUCCAUCAUCAUUCUCAGAAGGAACACAUAUAAUUUAUAUUUGGGCUGUUGAUUCUAAUCAAAAAGACUCAAAUCAUUUGCAUUAUCAAUUUGAUUUCAAUUACAACACACCAUCAAUUUCUAUAACAACAGAAAACAAUCAACAAAUUCGAAAAGGAAUAAAUAAUCAAAUUGAAAUCAAAGGAAGUGUCACUGAUCUUGAUGGAAGUGGAACAGUUACAAUAAAUUACAUUAUUGAUGACAAUGGUUUAGAACGACUUGUUGAAAGAAUAACAAUUUAUAAUACAUCAUCUCAUGAAUUCAAUAAAAACAUCGAUAUUCCAUCAUACUUGAAUGAAGGAAUUCACAAAGUCACAAUUUAUUGUUAUGAUGAAAGCCUUAAGAAAUCAAAUGAAGAAAACAUUAAUUUCAUAUAUAUAUUCAACAAUCCAUCUCUCAUUGUCAACAAAGAACCUCUGUCUACAUACCACAACAAAAUUGAUAGAAAUAUCACAGUCUCAGGAACAUUCACAAACGAAAACAAUGCAGAACAUAUUUACUUCUUCUAUGUCAUCGACAACAGUUCUCGACAUAAUAUUGAAGAUGUUACAAUUACAAAUGAACAUGAAUUCACAUUUUUUGUUCCGUACCGAAAAGGGUCACUAGAAAAGUGA